AUGUUUGAGAUUAGACUGAACAAGAUCUUAUCAACAAAAGGUUACCUCGAUCCAGGUGACGGUGGGAAACGCAAGAAGUUCUCAAAAAUCAAGAGCAACAAGCUGUCCCUAGCCAUGGGGUGCGUGCGCGUCAAACUCACCUAUGAGGGUCGCACCUUCAGACGCACCGUGGACCCUCGGUCCUUUACGUGGGCGCAAUUUCUGGCCUGGGGCCUCGUGUGCUUCCCGUCCCUCGCGGAGCCCGCCUCCCUCCACUUGACGUACGAUGACGAGGAUGGGGACCACCCCUCCUUGAGGGGGGAGGAGGAUUGGCGCGAAGCCCUGUGUGCGUGCGAGCGGCUCGACCGUCCCUUGCGCGUGACGAUGACGAGGGAGGAAGGGGGGGAG